AUGGGGGUGAAGUUUGGGGUGCUGACCUCUUAUGCACUCAAAUCUGAGUGUAACUUUACGUGGGCACCGGAAAAACCAAAUUCAUCUCGCCGAUCCCGUACUUACUUCAGUCGGGAACAGCUUCGGGUGCUAACUGAUACCUUUGAAAAGACCAGGUACCCCAACUGGUUCAUCGUAAACACGCUUUCUUCAAAUAUUCAUCUUGAUGAGUCAGUUAUAAAGACUUGGUUUAAAAACCAGCGUGUCAAAAGGAGGAAGAAGGAGCGUGAAACUCAGCAAAACCCACCACUGGAGGACACACCACAGGUGUCUCCAGUGAAGGAGGAGGAGACCCCCUCCCCUAGUGCUUCUGGAAACACCCGUUCCACGUCUCUCAGCAUCUCAGGUGCUUCUGACCCUGACUCUCCCCAGCCUUCGUGUCCCGAGCCAUGUGAAGGGGCUGCACCAUGUGAAGGGGCUGCGGCCACCCCAUGCGAUUCAUCCUGUGACUUUCUGCCCGAGGAUCUCCAACAGAUAAGUUUCAGAGACCCUGAUCCUCCUUGGGCCUCCAGUCCGUACGACAUGGAUCAGCUUAUACAACUAUACAACUUACCUGGCGAGGAUGAUCCCAGCAGUCUAGACCAGUACCUCCUCCCGCUGUGCUCCACCUGA